GCAGCGACGCGAUGGCGACAGAAUCUCCGCGCCGCCCCAGUCGCUGCACUGGAGGGGUGGUGGUUCGACCACAAGCUGUCACGGAACAAUCGUAUAUGGAAAGUGUUGUCACGUUUCUUCAAGAUGUUGUGCCACAGGCCUACAGUGGUACCCCACCAGAAGAAAAAGAGAAGAUCGUUUGGGUCAGAUUUGAAAAUGCAGAUUUAAAUGAUACAUCAAGGAAUAUGGAGUUCCAUGAAAUACACAGCACUGGGAAUGAGCCACCACUACUGCUAAUGAUCGGAUACAGUGAUGGGAUGCAAGUCUGGAGCAUACCUAUCAGUGGUGAAGCUCAGGAACUCUUUUCUGUCCGUCAUGGUCCAGUUCGAGCUGCACGGAUUUUGCCAGCUCCACAAAUCAGUGCUCAGAAAUGUGAUAACUUUUCUGAGAAGCGGCCUCUUCUUGGCGUGUGCAAAAGCAUUGGAUCUUCUGGCACAAGCCCACCUUACUGCUGCGUGGACCUUUAUUCUUUGCGAACAGGAGAGAUGGUCAAGUCCAUACAGUUCAAAACUCCAAUUUAUGAUCUGCAUUGCAAUAAAAGGAUACUUGUUGUUGUCCUGCAAGAGAAAAUCGCCGCCUUUGACAGCUGUACUUUCACAAAAAAAUUCUUUGUUACAAGCUGCUAUCCUUGUCCAGGGCCAAACAUGAAUCCUAUUGCUCUUGGAAGCCGUUGGCUUGCUUAUGCAGAAAAUAAGCUGAUCCGAUGCCAUCAAUCCCGUGGUGGAGCCUGUGGAGACAACAUUCAGUCUUACACUGCCACAGUCAUUAGUGCUGCCAAAACGAUAAAGACUGGACUUACAAUGGUUGGAAAAGUAGUUACUCAGCUGACAGGGACGUUGCCUUCAGGAGCAACAGAAGAGGAAAUUUUAGCUCAUAGCAACAUUCGCCGAAGUCCUUUGGUGCCUGGAAUCAUCACUAUCAUUGACACAGAGACUGUUGCAGAAGGGCAGGUACUUGUCAGUGAGGACUCUGAUAGUGAUGGUAUUGUGGCCCACUUCCCUGCACAUGAGAAGCCUAUUUGCUGCAUGGCUUUUAACCCCAGUGGGAUGUUGCUGGUCACUACUGACACAUUAGGCCAUGAUUUCCAUGUUUUUCAAAUACUGACACAUCCUUGGUCAUCAUCACAAAGUGCCGUCCAUCAUUUGUAUACACUUCACAGGGGAGAGACUGAAGCCAAAGUCCAGGAUAUCUCCUUCAGCCACGACUGUCGCUGGGUUGUGGUCAGCACUCUCCGUGGCACUUCCCAUGUGUUUCCCAUCAACCCCUACGGAGGCCAGCCCUGUGUCCGGACGCACAUGUCACCCCGGGUGGUCAAUCGCAUGAGCCGCUUCCAGAAGAGCGCAGGGUUGGAAGAGAUUGAGCAGGAACUGACAUCUAAGCAAGGAGGUCGCUGUAGCCCAGUUCCAGGCCUGUCAAGCAGCCCAUCUGGCUCACCACUCCAUGGUAAAUUGAACAGCCAAGACACCUACAAUAACUUCACAAACAAUAAUCCUGGAAACCCUCGACUCCUGCCUCUUCCGAGUUUGACUGUGGUGUUGCCUCUUGCUCAAAUCAAACAGCCCAUGACAUUAGGGACCAUCACCAAACGCACAGGACCUUACCUGUUUGGAGCAGGAUGUUUUUCCAUAAAAGCUCCAUGCAAAUCCAAACCAGCUCCACAGAUUUCACCCAGUAAGUCUGUGGGAGGAGAGUUUUGUGUUGCUGCAGUCUUUGGAUCGUCAAGGUCCUGGUUUGCAAACAAUCCUGGUCUGAAAAGAGAAAAAGAUCAAUCAAAGCAGUUUGUAGUGGAGUCGUUGUAUAUUAUCAGCUGUUACGGAAACCUGGUGGAGCACGUGUUGGAACCGCGCCCGCUCAGCACGGCUCCCAAGAUUAGUGAUGACACACCUUUGGAAAUGAUGACCUGCCCCAGAGCCAGCUGGACUUUGGUUAGAACUCCUCAGUGGAAUGAACUCCAACCACCAUUUAAUGCAAACCAUCCUCUGCUCCUGGCUGCAGAUGCUGUACAGUACUACCAAUAUCUUCUUGCUGGCUUGGUUCCACCAGGAAGCCCUGGCCCGAUCACUCGACAUGAGUCAUAUGACAGCUUAGCAUCUGACCACAGUGGGCAAGAGGAUGAAGAGUGGCUUUCCCAGGUUGAAAUAGUGACUCACACUGGGCCCCAUCGACGCCUGUGGAUGGGCCCACAGUUCCAGUUCAAAACAAUCCACCCCUCAGGCCAAACUACUGUCAUUUCAUCCAGUUCUUCAGUGCUGCAGUCGCACGGUCCAAGUGAUACCCCGCAGCCUCUUCUGGACUUUGAUACAGAUGAUCUUGAUCUUAACAGUCUCAGGAUUCAGCCUGUUCGUUCAGAACCUGUGAGCAUGCCGGGGUCUUCACGUCCAGUUUCUGAUCGCAGAGGAGGUUCAACAGUGAUUGAUGCUACCUCAGGUGCCUUCGACCGGAGUGUGACCUUGCUGGAGGUGUGUGGGAGCUGGCCUGAGAAUUUUGGUCUCCGUCACAUGUCUUCCAUGGAGCACACCGAGGAGGGCCUCCGGGAGCGCCUGGCCGACGCGAUGUGUGAAUCUCCCAGCAGGGACAUAGUGGGAUCAGGAACAGAGCUUCAGCGAGAGGGAAGCAUAGAGACGCUCAGUAACAGCUCCGGCUCCACCAGCGGCAGCAUCCCGCGCAACUUCGAUGGCUACAGGUCUCCCCUCCCGACUAACGAAAACCAGCCCCUCAGCCUCUUCCCCACGGGAUUCCCUUAA